ACUCCCUUAUCAGUGUGACGACUUGUCUGGCUUCACCAUUUCGAACGAACAAAAUUAUUAUUGGUCCAAAAAAACACAACAAUAUUUAUGGACAACAUAUGUGCAGCUGUGUUUAACUGGAUGCACAUUUUAAAAUAAAUAUUUGAUGUUUCAGACGGAGCAUUCGAACUGAGAACGGAAUAGUCUGGCUCUUUGGAUUACUUUUUUUCUUCUUCCCGGAAUAGGCUACUACAGAGCACGAGAGAAGUUUUGGACACACAGACCAAACGGUUUAUUUGAGUUUUACCUGACAGCUAAAUUACUAAAAGAGAAACAUGCUGAGUAAAGACCUUCCGGACAUUGAGAGUAUCCUGUCUCUGAACCCGAGGGUGCAGACCCACGCUGCCAUCCACUCAACGGGCGCCAAGAAGGCGGAAAGGAAACACUGGAAGAGAAACCCAGAGAAGAGCUGUGAUAGCUGCGUCAAGUUGGAGAACAACUUCGACGACAUCAAGCACACGACUUUGAGCGAACGUGGGGCACUCCGCGAGGCGUUCAGGUGUCUGAAAUGUGCUGAUGCACCAUGCCAGAAGAGCUGCCCUACCAACCUGGAGAUCAAGUCCUUCAUCACCAGCAUCUCAAACAAGAACUACUAUGGAGCGGCCAAGGCCAUCCUGUCGGACAACCCCCUGGGGCUGACGUGUGGGAUGGUGUGCCCCACCUCGGAGCUCUGUGUGGGGGGCUGCAACCUCUUCGCCUCCGAGGAAGGACCUAUCAACAUUGGGGGCCUGCAGCAGUUUGCUGUGGAGGUUUUCAGCAAAAUGGGAAUUCCUCAGGUGCGGAACCCUGACCUGCCGCCUCCAGAUGACAUGCCGGAGAGCUUUCAUGCCAAGAUCGCUCUGAUUGGUUGCGGCCCGGCGAGCAUCAGCUGUGCCUCCUACCUGGCCAGACUGGGAUAUGACAACAUCACCGUGUUCGAGAAACAGAAAUAUAUCGGUGGCUUGAGUACUGCAGAGAUCCCUCAGUUCCGUCUGCCCUAUGAGGUGGUGCAGUUUGAGAUUGAGCUGAUGAAAGACCUGGGGGUGAAGGUUGUCCUAGAGAAGGGACUGGGUAUGAACGGGAUGAGCCUGGCCUCUCUGAAAGACGAGGGAUUCCAGGCUGUCUUCAUUGGAAUUGGUCUGCCCCAGGCAAACAAGGCUAAGAUCUUCCAGGGGUUAACAGUGGACCAGGGAUUCUACACAUCCAAGGACUUCCUGCCACUGGUGGCCAAGGCCAGUAAAGCCGGCAUGUGCAGUUGUAAGUCUCAACUGCCCGAGCUCCGUGGCGUGGUCAUUGUCCUAGGUGCCGGUGACACGGCGUUCGACUGUGCCACCUCUGCCCUGCGCUGCGGUGCCCGCCGGGUCUUUGUGGUCUUCAGGAAGGGCUUCACUAACAUCCGUGCUGUCCCCGAAGAGAUGGAGCUGGCCAAGGAGGAGAAGUGUGAGUUCCUUCCCUUCCUGUUCCCCCGUGAGGUCAUCAUGAAGAACGGCCGAGUGGCCGGCCUGCAGUUCUGCCGCACCGAGCAGACGGAGCGCGGCGAUUGGCUGGAGGACGAGGACCAGAUCGUUCGGCUCAAAGCCGAUUAUAUCAUCAGCGCCUUCGGCUCCAUGCUGACUGACCCUCAAAUCCAGGAUGCCAUGGCUCCCAUCAAGCUGAACCGCUGGGGCACUCCAGACCUAGACCCUGAGAGCAUGCAGAGCAGUGAGCCCUGGGUGUUCGCUGGCGGAGACAUCGCAGGCCUGGCCAACACCACAGUGGAGUCUGUCAAUGACGGAAAGCAGGCUUCCUGGCACAUCCACAAGUACCUCCAGUCCCUCCACGGCCAGACAGUGGACAGCACCCCCGCGCUGCCUCUGUUCAACUGUGCCAUCGACACGGUGGACAUCAGUGUGGAGAUGUGUGGCAUCACCUUCCCGAACCCCUUUGGCCUGGCCAGUGCUCCCCCCACCACCAGCACAGCCAUGAUCCGCAGGGCUUUCCAACAGGGUUGGGGCUUUGCUCUCACCAAGACUUUCGGACUGGACAAGGACCUGGUGACUAAUGUUUCUCCCCGUAUCGUGCGUGGCACCACGUCAGGUCAUGUGUUCGGCCCCGGACAGGGCUCCUUCCUCAACAUCGAACUGAUCAGCGAGAAGGCGGCUGCCUACUGGUGCCAGGGUGUCAAAGAGCUGAAGACAGACUUUCCCAAGAAUAUUGUCAUCUCGAGCAUCAUGUGCGGUUACAACAAAGCCGACUGGGUUGAGCUUGCUAAAAUGGCAGAGGACUCCGGAGCGGAUGCACUGGAGCUCAACCUUUCCUGUCCCCACGGAAUGGGAGAAAGGGGCAUGGGACUGGCCUGUGGACAGGAUCCUGUGAUGGUGAUGAACAUCUGUCGGUGGGUGAGACAGACCGCCAAGAUCCCCUUCUUCGCCAAGCUCACGCCCAACGUCACCAACAUCGUGGACAUCGCCAAGGCUGCACACGAAGGAGGGGCAGAUGGAGUCACUGCCACCAACACAGUGUCUGGAAUGAUGGGCCUAAAAGCUGACAGCACCCCCUGGCCUGGCAUCGGCAAGGGCAAGCGCACCACCUACGGAGGAGUGUCUGGUAAUGCCAUCCGGCCCAUUGCCCUGCGCGCUGUAUCCGCCAUCGGCAGGGCCCUGCCAGGGUUCCCCAUCCUAGCGACUGGGGGGAUCGACUCAGCCGAGACAGGACUGCAGUUCCUCCACGCUGGAGCUUCUGUUCUACAGAUUUGUAGUGCGGUGCAGAACCAAGACUUCACCCUGAUCGAGGACUACUGCCUGGGCCUGAAGGCUCUGCUCUACUUGAAGAGCGUUGAGGAGCUGACUGGCUGGGAUGGACAGUCUCCCCCCACCCUGCGCCACCAGAAGGGCAAACCUGUAACCCGCGUGGAGGAACUGGUGGGUAAGAGCCUGCCUAGCUUUGGACCCUACCUCCUGGAGAAGACAGAAGUGCUGGCUGAGUACAAGAAGAAACUGCAGGAUGUCAACGACAACUUUGUGGGUGACACCAACACUGCCCGCGUGUUCAUGCCCAAGAAACCAGUUCCUGCUGUGAAGGAUGUGAUCGCCAGGGCUCUGAAGCACAUCGGGGCCUACGUGGAGUUGGACAACCAGGAGCAGGUGAUAGCUCUGAUCGACGAGGAGAUGUGCAUCAACUGUGGGAAGUGUUACAUGACCUGCAACGACUCAGGAUACCAGGCUAUUACGUUUGACCCUGAGACCCAUUUCCCAGUAAUCACUGACAGCUGUACCGGCUGCACUCUCUGCCUCAGUGUCUGCCCCAUCAUUGACUGCAUCAAAAUGGUUACCAGGCCAACGGCGUACGUGCCUAAGAGGGGGCUGCCUCAAGCUGUUAAUCCCAUUUGCUAAAGGCUAGACAACAGGUCUGUGUUCAUUAUGUGCCAAAUGGAAGAAAAAUUAUUGAAACAGGGAGGGACUACCUGGGCUUGUCCAAUGAGAAAUUGUCAUAUUGUUUCCCGUUGCAAAAUGUUUUCACGUUUUUUUGUUGCAUGCUCUAAUGAAUACGACCCAGGCAGUACCUGGCCACCGCAGAGGGGGGAGAAGAGAGAGAGGGGACCCGAUGUCUACCUUACACCAUUGAUUGGCUAUGUAAUUGCAGAGUGAAAAAUUACCUUUAUUAUGAAAACGAAUAAUUAGCCAGAAGCGUUAAUUACCUUAUAUUCCCAAGCCAAUUAUCCUGAAAUAAUUAUACCGGACGCAAAAUAGUUUGUGUUAUUUCUAAAACAAUGGCUCGCUAUGUGGGGUUUUGUUUUUUGUCUGCCCUGCUGGGAGUUGAUAGACAUUGUGUGGCGAAGCGGCCAUGCUUCAAGGUGCAUGUAUUGAUAAUCAUAUUCAUUGAUUAUUAUCUUUUGGACCAGUGGAAAUUGUUAUGUUAAAUUGUAAUAAAUUGUAAAUUGUAAUGCACUGAUCAAAGAGGGAUGAAAAUCAAUCAUGAUGUAAUGGUUAUAGUUCAGUUAUAAAUGAACUAAGGGUUUAUAGCAAAGGUUUAGGUGUAGUUUAAUUGUUUAUUUGGUGACAUUAUUUAGGAAUUGAUUUUAAUGCGAUAUAUCCUUUUAGACAAUCAUAUGCCUUUUAGGUUGUAUUAAUGAGAGUAAAAUAUCUCUUUAGAACAUGAAUACUGUUCAGUUGCAUUAUAGGUGUAGACUGGUUUAAUAUAACUUAUUUUUAAAUGUUAUCAAAUUCUAAUUUAUUUGAUUUAAUAAUCAUAUUGGUGAAAUAAAGAUAUAACCUGCAAUUUAGGUAUCUCUGUGAGUGUCACAGAGAGGACGCCUUUGACUUCUAGAUCAGACGCCAGUCACAAUUAAUUUAAAUAGUCCGGAUUUCUCAUCUGUAGAUGCUCUACAUUCUAUCAACAAACUAUCAGUUGAUAAGCAACUGCUUGCUAAGGUUACGGUUAAGGUUAGGGUUAGGUUUAGAAUAAGGGUAAGGGUUAAGAAUAAGAGUAAGGGUUAAGGUUAGUGCUAGGGUUAGGGUAAGGGUUAAGUUUAGGUUUAGAGUAAGGGUCAGGGUUAAAGGUUAGGGUUAGAGCUAGGGUUAGUAAAUAGUUAGUUGAUGCUCUACAGACUAUCUAAAUAAAGUGUUACCAAGAUACCUACUCAAUUAUAUGUGAGCACUUUUAGAGAAAAUUCUGAAAGCUAAUUCCAUAUUCAUAAUUCGUGAACAGAAUUGAAAAACAAAACAUUGUCUGUUUAUGAUUUGAAUAAAAAGUAAAAUAAUG